AAUACCAUGGGCGGAUCGAUUCCAUCGCCAUUGUGAUCAGUUGUCAAUCAAUUUCAGUUUUUAUUGACUGUUAUUAAACUCGUAGCCUAUUUAGUGAAUGAUGGAAUUGUUUGGGCGCAAAACAACGAACGAUAUUUAUCUCUGAUGACGGCAAACGGCAUUUUUUUCUUGUUAUUACCUACCUUCGCGGGUAGACAGAGAGUAUGUAAUUCAUAAACUUGUCAAGAUGUUCGAAUUUGAUACUCUCAUCAAGUGUGGUAAAUUUUUAUUGCUGUGUAAUAUAAAUUAACUCAGAUCGAUCGAUAUAUUUUUCGGUCGGUCGGCUGCGGAGUGUGUGUGUGUUCAACCUUCGUUGGAAGCAAUGGAGCAGGGCUUUGGUGUUGACGUGGACAUUCAAUGGCGGGAUCGAAUGGGUCUUGGGAAAGCCGUAGCAGAAUGGAACGAAAGCCGCGUUCAAAUAGAUGGAGCACAGAGACUCGAAAGAGAAUAUAUCGAAAAACGAACCGGAAUCACCUGAGAAUUCAGUUCAAGUUCAGACUCCACAACAGCAGCAGGCGCCAUUGCAUGAGAUCGAAGUUCGAGAGAUUAUAGUACCUGCUGAAAUGACUAAUGCUGAUGGUCAAUCCCCCUCGCUUCCAACUGCAGUUAUUAUCAAUCAACACAAGCAUCGCAUGAUAACAACUACGGGGGAAAUUGCUGAAACUCACGACGGGCAUACGGAAGCAACGGAGUAUGAAACCGUGGAAUAUCAGCAAGCAGUAGCAGCCGCCACCGGCCACACGUUCGCAUAUGAGCAACCACCAACUAGUCAACAUAGCAAUGUAGCGUCAUCAUCCCCAGUUCCUCAGUUCCUGAAACGCGAGUCUGGCCUGGAUAAAGAUCGCAUGGUAGGCAUUGAAGACCAUCCGCAAGUGCCAGUUCAAACGCAAACCAUUCUUGUGGAGUACAAAAAUGAUGUCGAAGAACAUAUGCGCUAUGGGAAUCCUUCUCUUGUGCGAUAUGAAGAGCUGAAAUACCAUCCCCGAUACGUUCACUAUCAACAGCCCCAUUCAAGCCUCUCGUUACCUCCACCACAUCAUCUACACCAUCACUCACACCACUCGCAUGUGCAGCAACAUCCGUCACACGAGGUAGAUUCGUCGUUGAAGUCCGAACACUUGGACCAUCAGCAUCAACACCAGCAUCAGCACCAGCAACAUCACCCUCAUACUCAGGCUCAAAUUCAGCAAAACCACCAAAGCAUCGUUCAAUCCCAGCAUCAGCAGCCCCAGCAGCAUACCAUUCAAAUCUAUGAAGCGCAGGAGAGUCAGCAACCCGGGGAAGUUCAACAAACCAAUGAACCUCCUGUCAGCGAUGUUAAAACGCAUUACACAAAUUUGGAACCAGUCCACUCGUUGUCAUCUGCGCAAAAUUACUACAUAUCUCCGGAGAGCUACCAGUCUCCUGGUAACUAUCCGUACAUAUCUGCGAAGGACACUGUGUACUACCACUCCGGUAGCCCAACUACCGUUCUUUACAAGAGCAAUGAUCCAACGCUAACCUCUUCCUCGAUAAUAUCAUCUAAGCAGAUCCACUACAGUUCGCAGAACCUGUACGAGAGCAGCUCUACGCACAACAGCAGUUCACCGGGAGCGCAACAAAUUUAUCCAUAUUGGACGGGGAACAUCGAUUAUAAUACUACCUUCAGUGGGGCUGUCGUCAUGGAUCAGACUCCUUCCAGUGCCGUAGAGUACACAAAUAAUGGGCAAGCCUGGCAGAUUGGGAGCAUUAGUGAGCCGUACGAGACGUCUAUCUUGCCACCAGCGGAACACCGUGAGUGCGUCAACUGUGGCAGUUCCGAUACUCCGCUGUGGCGAAGGGACAACGUGGGCCAUACGCUGUGUAACGCUUGUGCGUUAUAUCACCGACAGAAUCCUGGUACGAACAGACCACCGAACCGAAGCCAAAAAGCAAAGCAGGCACCAAAAACACCAAUCCCUGGUAAUCGAAGAACGGGGGUGAUCUGUGCCAACUGCCAAACGACGACAACCACGUUGUGGCGGAGGAAUAACCGGGGUGAACCGGUAUGUAAUGCAUGUGGUCUGUAUCACAAACUGCACAAUGUCGAUCGACCCCUCACGAUGAAGAAAGAUGGCAUCCAGACACGGAAACGGAAACCAAAAUCUAGUCAAGCGAUACCUUCAAUGAAUGGAAUCGGUGGUGAAAAGCUUCUACCGUCGAUGAUCCCGUCCCAGAUGCAUCCGGGAGGCCCCGGCGUCGGACCACAAAAACUGCUGAUGGCUCACAACCACAUGGCGGCUGUUUCGUCACAAUCGAUGGACAUUCAUUCGGGCCAUGUGAUCACCUCCAGCUCGGUUGCACCGCAGGAACACAAAUUUGUCGACAGUACUUCCUCGGCGAGCAGCAUGUCACCCCACCUGCCGGGCGUAACUAACAACCUGCCCCGACAUGUGACUGCUAAUGUUGCCGCACUUGAUACAAGUCGUGCUCCGAAUGGUGAAAUCACGAGUGUAAUCACGAGCACUGCAGUCGCCGAGCGUGCCAGCAAUUAGCCUGAAAUCAAAUUAAGAAAGCUUUCGCAAUCAGGAAGGAUUUACUAUCGCCAAAAAUUUAGGUUUAGCUGACGAUUAGAAAGUAUUAGUGUUAAAAUCUACCAAAUAGUAAUUCGAGUUGUACGUAGAGCUGGAAAUGAGCUACUUCAUCCUAGCGUGUUUGAGUGUGUGAGAGAUUGUCUUUUACCGAGAAUAAAGUAUA